UGUUUUAAUUUCAGACAAUUAAACAACAAGUCACCAAAAUGGACGACUUGUUAGUAAUCUUCUGGUUUGUUGUGUUCAUAAGCUCUGUUCCUGUUUCUGCAGAUAUAUGCCUUGAAAGAUCUGGUUUUUUCACACCCAAUGGUACUUAUGACUUAAACCGCAGAGUCAUGCUCUCUUCUCUUCCUUCUAACGUCACAGGUAACAACGGUUUCUACACGACUUCGACGGGACAAGUUCCAAACAGAGCAUAUGGUCUAGGGAUGUGUGUCCCAGGCACUGAUACACAAUCUUGUUCUGAUUGUAUCAUAUCUGCGUCUGAUAGAUUGUUACGGAACUGUACAAACCAGAUUGAAGGUAUAGACUGGAGAUUGGACAGAACACUUUGUCUUGUACGCUACUCAAACCGCUCGUUUUACGGAUCGCUAGGUACUGAAAUUCUGCGGUAUGAGAACUAUACAAGAGAUUUUCAAGCUAACUUCACGGAUUUGGAAAUUACAUGGGAGGCUUUGAUGGUUGGUCUGAUAGACGAAGCUUCCUCUUUGUACUACGCAGCAGGGACACGAAAGCUUGAGUCGUCCAUCUCCCAUUUUUAUAGUGUUGUGCAAUGCAGUAAAGACUUGUCUCUUCAAAACUGCAACCAGUGUCUUCAACAAAACGUGAUUGAGUAUAGGUCAUGUUGCCGUGGGAGACAAGGAGGUGCUAUUUCGAGACCUAGCUGUUUCAUUCGAUGGGAGGUUUAUCCGUUCUUGGGGCUUUUCGAUAAUAUUCCUCCUCGUGAGAAAGAUGGCAAAAGGGUUUCUAAAGGGAUCAUUGUGGCAAUUGUCGUUGUUCCUGUCUUAUUGCUUGCUCUAGGAUUUGCUCUUUAUAGGAGGAGAAAAGCGUACAGAGCAUUUACAACUGAGACUGUGGAUGAUAUUACAACUUUAGGUUCACUUCAAUACGGGUAUAAAGCAAUUGAAGCGGCCACAAGUAAUUUUCAUGAAGAUAACAAGCUUGGUCAUGGUGGAUUUGGUGAAGUUUACAGGGGAACGUUUCCAAAUGGAACAGAAGUUGCUGUGAAGAGGCUAUCUAAAACGUCACGACAAGGUGAAGAAGAGUUCAAGAACGAGGUAUUUCUUGUAGCAAAGCUUCAACAUAGAAAUCUUGUUAGGCUUCUCGGGUUUUCUGUCAAAGGAGAAGAAAAAAUAUUAGUCUACGAGUUCUUGCCCAACAGAAGUCUCGAUUAUUUCCUUUUUGACCCACUGAAGAGUAGUCAACUGGAUUGGACAAGAAGAUACAACAUUAUCGAGGGAAUUACUCGAGGGAUUUUGUAUCUUCAUCAAGAUUCACGGCUCACAAUUAUACACCGUGACCUCAAAGCCGGUAACAUUCUCUUAGAUGCUGAUUUGAACCCGAAAAUCGCAGAUUUUGGAAUGGCUAGGAAUUUCAGAGUGGACCAAACUGAAGCUACCACAGGAAGAGUAGUUGGAACAUUCGGUUACAUGCCACCAGAGUAUGUGACUAAUGGACAGUUCUCCACAAAAUCUGAUGUGUAUAGCUUUGGAGUAUUGAUUCUGGAGAUUAUUGCUGGAAAAAAGAAUAGUAGCUUCAACGAGAAAGAUGGCUCAAUAAGCAACUUGGUCACAUAUGUAUGGAGGCUUUGGAACAAUGAAUCAUUGCUGGAAAUGGUAGACCCGGCCGUGGAGGAGAAUUAUGACAGAAAUGAAGUCAUUAGAUGCAUCCACAUCGGAUUGUUAUGUGUUCAAGAAAAUCCUUCAGAUCGUCCAACCAUGUCUACAGUUUUUCAUAUGCUCACUACUACUUCGAUUACUUUGGAUUUGCCUCACCCACCUGGAUUUGUCUUCAGGGUCAAAUCCGAGGCAAACCCAUUAGCUGAGAGAUUGCAGACUGGUCCAUCUACUAGCAUAUCGAUCACGUGUGUUAGUCCUCGUUGAAAGCGAUGUUUGAUAUUUAUAGUCUUUCACAAACCGAUAAUUGAUAAAAGAAAUUUUGAUACAAAAGCCUAAUAUCAGGAUAACCUAAA